AUGAAAAUGCUAAAAAAGGUUAUCUUUUCAACCAUCGCGAUUGCUGGGGCUGGGACUGCCCUCUGGUUCCUCUACAAGAGGAGCAGCGCCAAAGAGAAGGAAGAAUUAGGUAUCGAGCCGCAACCUCCUGCAUCAGAAGACGAAGCUCAGGAAUUGGUAGAACAAAGGAACAUCGCAGUUCAAGGUGAAACAAAACCGAGUGUAAAAAGAAUGAUUGAUUUCAUCGAGAGAAACAACACAGGAAUGGCGAAUUUGUGUAGAAAUUCGUCAAGGAAACCAAAUCAAUUAUGUUAA